AGAAACAAGACAUGUUAUCGAAGCUAAUUUUCGUCAUUUGGCUAUAUCAUUCGCGCGAUAGAUUGUCUACCAGACUAUGAAAAUCCAUAGUGUCGUCCGCAUUUCAGGAACGCAAUGGAUAAAGGGGCGGUUCAGAAUCGAUAUAAUUAUCCGAUUUUUCGAUGUGGCACAGCCAGAGAACCUCCAAAUCUCCAGUGGCACAUCCGCCUCUUCCGUACGCUCAACUCUUCCGUCCACUUAACUCCAACUCCGCAACCAUUAUCUUAUACACUGGACAAUAUUCCCAGCCAUAGUAAAAUUAGUCCAUCGGCGCCAUGCGGAAGGCAAAGCUGUCCGGAACCCUCAUUCCAUAUUCGAACCUCCCCUCCCUCCAGCAUGGCCGCUGCAAGCUGGGACUUUAAGCGACCGACGAUGAAUCUGCAGUUGGACUGGGCCCUCUUCAACAUAUUGAGUCCGGAGCUUCGCACCUUGGUGUUCAGAGCUGUGUUUAGUAACCCGGGUGGUUCCUUCACAUCACCGGCAAUGCGUCGAUGCCGAAAGUGCGAGCAUGGUCACAGUAGUGGUGCAAUGAUAUGGAUUCGGUGUUUCCAACAUGGCAGCAUACAUGCUAUGGAGAACAGAGAGAGCCUACUUACUACGUUCAUCGUCCUAUCACCGAAACGGACGAUAGACUCUUGGCUUUUUUGUUGACAUAUCGGCUUAUUCGACAGAUACUGGGAAGCGCUUCAAUAUUGUACCACGACAAUAUCUUCCACUUUAGGGGAAGCCCCUCCCUUCUCGCAUUCUAAUCCUCCUUGUCAGCAGCUCAGUGGUGUACAAUCCGCCAAAUCCAUUUAUCUACUUAUGUCACUGAAUGGAGUAUUUUCCAGAAAUGGGGCCUAAGACGUUGGUCCGAAUAUUGCGAGCUGCUUUCA